ACCACGACGCUGUUCCCUGCUCUGCUCGAAUCGUAUUUCAUCUCAGCCUCCUGUCGAACCCUAGCCACAGAUUAAACAUUUAACCCUGUGACCUCGCUGUACCACAAUGGACGUAUCCACAAGCAGUCUCCGAUCGACAGGAUCGACAGGAAAGCCUCGCGCUGGACGUCAAUUGUCGAACGUCAGCACGAAGAGUCAGGGCUCGACGCCGGGUAGUCCUCGAAUGAUGCGGAAGUCUCCGGUGCCUACCGCUGCCAAUGGCAAAACAGCGACUCCGCGCUCGAAACUGAACGGUGCGUCUACUCCAGGACGCAAUGAAAAACUCGAUAUGCUGCGACCUGCAACUCAAGAGCGGAAGUCAUCGGCGACCUCCGUCAAGUCAAAAACAGAGAAGAUCGAUGUUGGAAAUCGUCGUCCGGAGAAGAAACCCUCCGGCACUGUUACCGCGACCGCGCCGAAGACACCCGUGAAAUCUACCGAGCUGCGGAAGACUAGCACCCCCAAAGAAAGCGUCGUGAAACGAGCAACCCGAGAUAUCAAUAGAAAUUCCCCGAGGGAGAAACCGAUCCGGAGCGAUAGCAGUGAUCUCGAGACCGCUUCGAAAUUGGUCGGCGCCAAGAUCUAUGAAUUGCGAACGGAGCUGGUCAACAACAGCUUGAUCACGGCUACAUUGAAAGAAUUUGUAAAGGGCGGAGUUGAGAGUUUCGUGGUAUUACCUCUGGGAAGAUUCUCUCGGCAUUCACCGUCUCUUUGGCGGGCAGCCAUGAUGGAAGUCCUGCUCGAAAUUACAGUUCCUAGAAGACGAAUUUACCUCGACCCGGGGCUCAUCGAGCUCGAGAAAGAAAGUCUCCGGAGUCACGCCUUCCUGCAUGCCAAAGAUAAACUUCCCGACGAAAUCGUCAUGAAGGAUUCUGUGCGUGCGCCGGGAAUCACACUGGUCUACGCGCCGUUGCCCGAUUUCGAGUCAAUUGAGAAAUUGCUCAAAGAAAACGAAGACAAACUUGAGCAGAUACUCGUGAUAGGAUACAGUCUCCAUAAAUUGGCGAAGAAGGCUCCGGCCUCGAGUAUACUGCGGAAACAUCUAAACUCGAUACAAGAGGAGACUUUUCCGUUCGGACGCUUCCCUCAGAGCGCCUUCGCGCCCGUAUUCUCUGGGUCAAGGGGUCAUCGUUUCACGGUAAUGCCAAAAAGCAGCUCCCGCUAUAGUGAUAUGAGAGCUUCGAGUUGUUUCCUCAUGGCUGACGGAUUCAUCCCUGUCAGAUCGAAGCGAAUGGGUCGCAAGACACGGAAUGGUCCAGCAGGCAAUACCAGAAGUGUCUCGGAUAUCGAUGAGGCCCAUGUUCGGGACAGAUUGGAUAGCGCAAAGAGGGACUUGUCUUGCUCUGAAUACUGGGAAACGCUGAAAAAAGCGCUCAGAGUCGAGUCCGUCCCCAAUAUCGUCUGCCUGGGCCUUGGACAGUUCAGCGACAACCUCACGGCUCGUUGGCAGACUGCUCUCAUGAUGCUCCUGAAAGAGGAACUGAAGACUGAACGCACCGUGGUUUAUGAUCCACUUUUCAACCGCGGCGAACGGAAACUGCUCUCUGAGAUGGGCUGUGAAAUUCCCCCCGAAAAUGAUGAGGGUUUCCUGAUUUUUAGCGACUCGUUAUUCUACAUGCCUCACUGCGGUAAACCGCUUUUCAACAGCGUGGUCUAUGCCAACAGGAAGCAUCUGACCUCCGUCACCAUUUUUGGGAACUCGUUUUCGGCCAUGUUCGAUCAGUUCGAUUUCCAGAACAGAAUCAAAAACGGAGAACUCGCUGCUUUGAAAGGGAUAGAAGCUCUCUAUGACGAGGUCCCAGUCGAGAACAUUUUUCAAUACAAAGAUGUUUUCAAUGACUUCAGCAUAGUUCGAUUCAGAUCUGAACUUCUUGAGGAGAUUCCGCGCCCCGUCUAUUCGAGCGACGACGAGAUUAUUUUGAGAGAAGCCAUUCAGAGUCUUUCGAUAAAUGACGGUUGA